AUGCGUACUCACAACAAUCUCCACGCCUUGAAGUUACAAGAGCGCGGUCACAGGUCCAUCCCGGGGCUUUCUGACAACGGACUCCUGACGAGGGAGAGGCCGCGAGUGGCGGCCGUCGUGGGAAACGUGCGGAAGGAGACAGAGUUCGGAGACGUGGCGGACGACGACGAAGACUUCGGAGUUGAUGAUGACAUCCCCUCCUGUGAUUGGAAGUUCAACGAAACGCCGGGGCCCCUGCAAGGGCUUUCGGCCUGUCUUCUUGCGCUGGUUUUGGGGCCGGCUUAA